AUGAAUAAUAUAAGUCGCAGUAAUACGGAGCCGGGCUUACCGGAAACAGGCCUCGAAGGCGUUCUCCUCUCAAUGCUUGAUGUUGAAACUGAUGACAUGCUGAAACAGGAUGUUAAAGAAACACUGAUAUCUCUUGUUCAAGCAACGAGCAGUGAUUUGUUAAGUUACUGGUUGUCUCUGUGCAAGGAUAUUCUGGCAUCGUGUAUGGGUGCUGAUAUGAGAAGCACAAUAUUGAUCGAAGAAAAGUCGGAUGGUACUGGGGACGAAGAGGAUGAGUCAGAGGGUAUCGAUGACGAUGUGACGUUGCAGUCGGCAUCCGCAGUGAAUCAGGAGGAGAAAAUGAAGGUAAUACCGCGAUGGCCCAGUCGUGUGUUCGCCACCGAGAUUGUGCAGAGGUUGAUGUCUGCUUGCGAGACUGAGCGAGCUCAUAUUGACCUCGCACUUGCCAAGGAGUUGCAGAUUUCGUCAGGUGGUCGGGCCGAUUACUUAGUUCUUCACCUCUCGGAUUUAGUGCGCAUGUCAUUUAUGGGUGCCACCAGCGAUAACACAAACCUACGUCUUGCCGGGCUCUCAUGCUUACAAGAUGUGAUUACUCGAUUCUCAUCAGUUCCGGAACCAGAAUUUCCAGGACACGUCAUUCUGGAGCAGUUUCAGGCGCAGGUUUUUUUUUACAUCAACAUGCAAAGUUGGCCAUCGUAUUUUUGA